UUGAGUCUCAUCCCUUCCAAGAUGGAAGCUAAGGCUAUAUAUGACUUCGAACCAAGUAAUGACGAUGAAAUGGGUUUUAAGGAUAAAGAUAUGCUACUUAUAGUGGAUCUACAAUCUGAUGAGAACUGGUGGAAAGCUUUGCAUCCGGAUAAUCCAUCGGAACGAUUCGGAAUGGUUCCAAUGAAUCGUGUUAAGAUGCUGCCACACAAUUGGUAUGCAGGGAGAAUCUCAAGAAAGCAAGCAGAAGACCAACUUUUGAAGGGAAAUCUUCCAGAUGGAGCUUUUCUUUUAAGGGAUAGUGAAAGUUCACCUGGAGACUUUUCUUUAUCAGUCAGAUUUAAAAGUAAAAUUCAGCAUUUCAAAAUUUUACGAGAUGGAUCUGGCAAAUUCUUUUUGUGGGUUGUGAAGUUCACCUCCAUCAACAAGCUUAUAGAACACCACAAAACCUGCUCUGUAAGCCGUACAGAAACCAUUCUAUUGAAAGACGCACCAAAGGAUGGGCAACAAACACAGGAAGUACAGAAACCUGAAAAGGUAGUGGAAAAGGUUACCUGUUUGUAUGACUUCAACCCCGCGGAUGAGGAAGAGCUCAAGUUUUCGAAGGGAGAUAUACUUGAGGUACUGGAGAAAGACCUGGACUCUUGGUGGAAAGGGAAACACACGAAAACAGGACAAACUGGACUUUUCCCUAUCAAUUAUGUCAAACUUAAGUAACACACUGACAGCAGCGUGAUU